UUCGUUGCUCUCAAGACGCGCAGUAUCGCUCGCGACUUGCCCUUGAUAGCAGAUUGUCUGUUCGUGUGAAAGAAUUCCGAGAGAGAGAGAGGGAAAGAAAGAAGCGUGUGCACGUAAUCACAUAUAAUUUAUAAAUCAUAACCGAUAGUUCUGCGGCAAUGGCGAUGACGAAGUUGAGUCUGGCACCGAAGACCACCAAGUACUUGAUGUUCAUUUUCAACCUGUUCUUUGUGAUUACAGGAAUAGUGUUGCUAUCCAUCGGAGUGAUCAUCCAUGGGGUAUAUCAUCAGUAUCAACAUUUUCUUGAUAACAGAUUCUUCUCCGUACCUUCUCUUCUCGUAGCAGUGGGCUCCAUCAUUUUUAUCAUCGCUUUUUUCGGAUGCUGCGGAGCUGUUCGCGAAAGUUAUUGCAUGGUUAUAACGUUCUGCACGCUUCUGGCUGCAAUUUUCUUGCUGGAGAUCAUAGGCGGCAUAAUGGGAUAUGUGAUGAGAGCACAGGUUGCGUCGAUUGCUCAGCAAAAGAUGCUCGACACGAUGCCCCGAUACAACAAUAGCCACGAGAUCCAAUUCGUCUGGGACAAUCUACAACGAGACUUCCAUUGUUGUGGCACAAUCAAUGUCACCGACUGGUUGACGAAUACAACGAAUCUGCCAGGUAUUCCGAUGUCGUGCUGUGAUGAUACGAUAGGUGCUAUCGGCAUAUCGAACUGCACCCUAUCAUCGAAAAGUCUGCAUGAGGUUGGCUGCAUAGACGCCUUCGCGAAAUUUGCAGAGACACACGCAGCUAAGAUAGCAGGUGUUGGAAUAGGUCUUGGUAUAAUUCAGCUGAUAGGAAUCCUCUUGUCGUCCUACUUGGCUAAAUCGAUCAAGAAUUGUUACCAGACUAUGUAGAGUGCCAUGCGAACAUCAAACGCACCGGAAGCAGCCUUCGUAUGGACGAUAACCGAGCAGGAUUGCCAUUAGGAUGCGAAACUGCGUGCAUUUGAUAAUAAAUCUGAUAUAUUGUACGAGAACACAUUAUUUGUCCUUGUAUAGAAGGAUGGUAAAUUAUUUUUGCUACAUGCGAUAUUUCGCAUCGCGUUAUAAAGAAGCGUGUGUAUUUUUAAUAAAACAUUUAUAUCGCUAAAUG